CGGAAGUAGCUGAAACUGCUGCGAAGCAAAAGUAUGUCUGUUGUCACUAAAUGAGGAUUAAACGUUAUAAUUCAUAUGAACAUUUAAAAACACAGAUUGCGUUGUCUGCUUGAGAUGUCUUUCCCUUGGUUUCUCCUUGCGAUUUCAUUUCUUGUCUGCGCUAUCAUUGGACACGACCAGGCGAUGCCGCCUUCGCUGCCCGCCGCCUUCGGUGUGUGCUCUCUGGCCGGCAUGGCGCUCCUCUGGAGGGACAUCAGCUCCAAGAUGAAGGGUGGAAACCGGUCAUGGAGCAGUCUGCUCAGCCAGUAUCUGGCGGUGAAGGGAGUGGGCUGGCUGGGCAGGCGGCAGAGAAAGAAACUCGAAGCCGAUACUCUCAAUGUGAAGCGAGUGCAGGAGGAGACCCUGCUGAAGCGCCUGAGCAAAAAUGCAAACACAUGUUAUGGAAAGCAGUAUGACUUCAGCUCUAUUAAAGACAUUGAUGGCUUCCGGGCACGUCACCCCAUCACCACAUACGAGCACUACCGUGAGCUCAUCAGACGCAUCGCAGCGGGAGAGGAGAAGUUGAUCAUUGCAGAGAAGCCGCUGAUCCUGGCCAUGACCUCCGGGACGUCAGGAGCCAGCGCCAUGCUGCUCAGCACCAAGGACACCAACUCUGAGUUCUUCCUGCAGGGAGUUGCUGUGUGUUUGGAUACCAUGGCAACAGCAUUUCCUGCGACCGACAGCCUCCAGCGCACCACCAAGUUCUUCUACUCACCUACUUUUCGGCAGUCUGAGGCCGGUAUUCCCAUCGGACCAAACUCCUCAACGCCAGCCUCCUCCCGCCACAUGCUCAACCUCUACACCACCCCAGCACCUGCAUUUGAAGUUCCCAGUGAGAAGGACACCCUCUAUCUGCAUCUCCUGUUUGCUCUCAAAGAUCCCAGUGUGGGAACACUCGAGUCCAACUUUGCUUCCACAGUCUUCUACGCUUUCAGUGCUUUACAGGACCGCUGGCAGGAGCUUGUGGAGGACAUUGAACGAGGGAAGGUCAGCAGCGCUCUGGCUCUGGAGACCAAAGUGAGGUCCAGACUGGAGGCUCUGAUGAAGCCGGACCCAAAGAGGGCCGCCCAGCUCCGGGCCCUCUUCCAAGACGGGUUCCGUGGCAUCGCCAAGCGGUUGUGGCCUCACCUCCACCUGGUGCUGGCAGUGGAUUCUGGCUCUAAUCAGAUUUAUGGGGAAAUGUUGAGGGAGAACUACUGCCAGGGAGUGCCUUUCUAUUCGCCAUUCUACGCUGCUACUGAAGGUCUAAUAGGGGUUAACCUGUGGCCCCAGGAGCCGAACAGACGCUAUCUGCUGUGUCCUCGCUCAAUGUUCUGCGAGUUCCUGCCAGAGAACAGCCUGGAGAAGGAGGCGCCUCACACCCUGCUGAUGGAGGAGGUGACAGAGGGACAAAACUACGAGCUCAUUAUCACCAAUGCUUCAGGACUCUUCAGAUAUCGCCUUGGAGACAUUGUGAAAGUAGUUGGAUUCCACAACCAGUGUCCCAUUGUCGAGUUCCAAUACAGACGGGGUCAGAUGUUGAGCGUUCGAGGGGAGAAAGUGUCCGAGGCGUUGUUCCUUGAUGCUUUGAAGAAAGCUGUUGCUCAGUGGCCUGGAGCUCAGCUGGUCGACUACUGCUGCGCUGAGAGUGGCAUCAUGGGAGAUUCAAUAGGAGGCUCAGAUCCUCAUUACCAGGUCUUUGUAGAGCUGAAAGGUGUGAGAAACCUCUCAGAGGAACAACGAUACAAGUUGGACAUCUGUCUCCAGCAGGAUUCUGCUGUCUACAAGUCGUUCCGUACCAAAGGCAGCAUCGGAUCAAUGAGGGUGCAGCUGGUGGCACAGGGUGCGUUCAAGGAACUCCGUGAGCACAUGAUGGCCUUUUCUAACACCUCACCAAACACCUUUAAAAUGCACCGAGUGCUGCGCAGGAAAGAUUACGCAGACUUCCUCCUGGGAAAAACUGUUUCCUGAAAGCUGCUGUUGUUUUAACAAAGAGACAAAGCAGUGGACUCUGGUGACCGUGGACUGAAUGAAGUAAAUAAAAAUAAAUUGGUUAGUUAACUGUACCUUUUGGAACACUAAAACACAACAUUAUUCAUUUUUCAAAAUUAAAAAUGUUUAUUUAAAUUGUGUAUUUUCUGAAUAUAUCUUUAAAUGUACUAACUCCAACUGUACGUUUAGUUAAAUGACAUGUUCAAGGACCUUGUCUUGAUCCAUAAAUAUUGUUACCUAACUUUUGCCUUAUCAUUAAAAGGGUGAUAUUUUCAGUAGAAAAGUGUUUUACAUACAUGUUCUAAUGUUUGUUAGGACCACUUCAGAAAAAGUAAAAUAACACAUUGUAAAUUCUCCUCAAAUUCUUAACGAUACGAGCCUUUUCAAUUUCUACCAUCUGGUGUUAUUGAAUGUUGAGGCACCGACACUUCCACAUUGGCCUUUAAGUGCAUUCACCUGUGAAGCAACGGGUAUAUGAACCGACGCAGUAAACAUGGAGCGGGGUGAAAUGCAAUGGAGAAAAACAUCCUAAACCCUCUUUCCUACAGUAUAUAUUGUUUGGACGUUAAGGAUGUGAACGGUAAUCUACGAUUCAAAGUGAGUGACUUAAAGAAUGAUUUGAGUUUUUCAAUAAUCGGCAUUCUGUGGUUUAUAUUGAAAAAUAUGGAUUCAAAAGUAGUAGAUGGGUGUCUUUGUUGUCCCUUUUAUUAAACGGAAGUCACAGACUGGAUGCUGGUACAGUAGCUUAAUUCGUUAUGAUAUAUCAUUUCAUGGUGCUGCAGUUUAACUUCUUCCCAUCUCUUUUGAGAACUGUUAUUUAAUCUCAGCAGGCUCUCUCUUAACUACCAUAUUAAGAUCAUUUGGCGUUGGCCUCCUGCAGUGAGCUCCCAGUUUCUGCUGUCUCUGGGUCCAGUGGGCCUUUUAUAAAACCAAAUGAACAGAUUAAGAGUUGUUCAUUAAAAUGUAGACAAAUAUUCCCAUGACAGCAGUGCCUGCAUUUACCUGACUUUUCUCUACUUGCAAUAGUUUCCAGUGCCAGGGCUUUAUUGUCACCACUAGGGGGGGCUAUUCAUAUAUGUAACACUCGUGCGCUAGAUGCUAUUCAUGCUGUUUGCUACAGCUCCCAUUGUCAAAACAUAAUCAUCAGAUUCUGUUAACACAUCCAUGUUAAACAGAGAUGCAGAGGAGAGAUUCUUAAAAUAGUGUCUCAAGUUUCAUUAUUUGUUUUAAAUGUCCAACGUGGAAGAUGCCCCUCUUGUGGGUUUAUAUUUUUGUCUUAUUUCAGAAGAGAUUUGACACAUCUUGCCUCUUUUUUUUUUGGCUUUGUUGUGUGCUUGAACUUGAGUUAAAUGAAAAUAAGUAAAUGUACGUGUAUCUGCUUUGCUAGCUGUUUCCAGUCUUUUGGUUAAGCUAAGCUAACCUGUUGCCGGGUGUAGUGGCAUAUUUUCUAACUAUUGUUUCAAGGUUAGAGAUAAAAAAUAAUGCUUUUCAAAACACAUUCUAGUUAUUAUGUACAUUUUAAUUGUUUAUCCUCAGUUUAAAAGUAACACGCUUUGGUUUAGAAAAUAAACUGAAAUGUUGGAUUUGACAAAAUCUCUAUUUUAGUUGACUGUUUACAAAGUAAUACAUAAUGACAGCAUACUGAAGCUAAUAAAGCACCACUUCAGUUUUUUUUA